UAAUCAAAGUUUAUUCUCAGUGCUGGCAGUAUUAACACAAGGCCCCCUCAAUUUACAUGACUCAAUGACUGCAGUGCAGUGACAAACUGUGCCCCCCACACUUCUAACCAGUGAAACAAGCAAGGACUGAUACAGAAAAACAAAAAUGUCUCAUGUGAAAUAACCAAAACUCAAAAAACGUUUGGCAGGAAAUGUACGUUCAUGUAGGACCUCAUUGCUGAUAGUAAGAAGGAUAUUAAAAAAGCAUGUAGGAUCUUUAAAGCAUCUUUUCUCCAAACUAGAAAUUGUGUCAUCACUUCAAAUGUGAAGAAACUAGCAUCAAAUUUGAGUAUAUUUUCUUUGACUCAUUGUAGUUAAUUAAAGAGUUGCAUGAACACACUUGGCAGCUAAAUUUAAAAGUGCUGUGAAAGUUAACACUGAGUCAUACUUUGAAAGAGAACAAUGAAAGACGAAGGAGAACUGAUGAAUAUCACAGGUUAUAAAAAUCUAAAAUGAAAUGAAAUCUAAACUCUCAUAAAUGUCUGUCUGUCCAUGUGUACUGUCUCACAUUGUCACAUUAAGUACUUUGAUCAUUCUUCUUUGGAAAUGAAGUGAAAUCUCAUCAAGCUCAAAGUGCAGGUUGUUCUGUUAGACAACAAAACCAAGUGUUUCUUGUGUAGGUGUAAAUAACUUUACAUGAGGUAGUGUUGGUUUAAUUAAAGGUUAAUUUUAUGUGUAAGUGUUAUGAGUGCAAAGAGAAUGGAUCUUAUCAGUCUCUGGUGGAGUUUCCUCUUGGACAGGAAGUGCGCUUCCUCCUUUUCCUGUUCUGUCGUCCUCUGUGUGUGUGUGUGUGUGUGUGUGUGUGUGUGUGUGGCCCCAGGAGAGGUCUAAAAAGAACAAUCAGUGUAGAGAGAGAAAGAACAAGAAUGAAGAAGCAGAGACAGAAGCUAAAAUAACCCGAACAGAGAGAGAGACUGAGGGGACACAGAGGGAACGAUGGAAAAAACAACUGAGAGACAGACGCAAAGACAACAAAAGACAAACUGAAACAGAAAAUACAUUCAGGAAGAGUGUGACCAGGACCAGGACUGAGCUGACCCACUACUGAGGGUCUGAGGAGGACUGAGCUACGAUGGACUAUGAACCAAAGAAAUCCAAGAAGGGAUUUGUCUCCCCCAUUAAGCGGCUGGUCUGGUCCAAAGCUGGUCGAAGGCCAGUGGAUCGAGGCAGCGUUUACCGCCGCCCACUGCACACUGUCCCCCUCUAUCCCCCCGACUACGUCAUCCACCCUGAGAGACUCAUCUUCGACUAUGUGGAGAAGGAGGUCAAGUUCCUUGGUCACCUGACCUGGGUGUCGGUUUCGCUGAAUCCCUCCAGCCGAGACGAACUGCUACAACUGCUGGAUACAGCCAGGCAGCUGAAGGUGCUGCCGUUGAAGACCAGCGUGGAUCAGGACUGUAUUCUGAGCCUGUCUGCUCGCUGUCUGCUGCUGACGUGGAGAGACAACGAGAAGCUGCUGAUGAGGAUUCCCACGCAUGAGAUCGCUGCUGCCUCCUACCUGAGAGACGACGCACUGCACCUGCUGGUCCUCAAGACAGGUCUGAACGUGGACACUGUGGUUGCCGGGGACGACAGCCUGGACAGGAAAAAGCCAACUGGCAUCGAUGGGCGACGUCAAACCAUGAGCUGCAACGCAGACCCGCGACCUGCAGGAGGCACAAUGGAGCGACGACACACCAUCUGUGGAGUCGACUGGAGGCCCUCACUGUCCAGGAGUAACCACGACAAAAACCAGAACGUGGACAGAGGAGGGGGAGGAGGAGGCAGCUUAGAGAGGAAAAGAGUGGGAGGGAGCUGGGAGAGGAGGCAGCAAACACGUAAAACAGGAGGGAGCUGGGAGAAUCGCAGAGCGAGACCCAUGAGCGGGAGCUGGGGGGUGGGAGUAGGAGGAGGCGGUGGAGGGAGCUGGGAGAGGAGACAUGGAGGAGGGGGAGGAGGUGGUGGAGGAGGGAGCUGGGAGAGGAGGGGAGGAGGUGGUGGAGGAGGAGGAGGAGGCGGGGGGAGCUGGGAGCGACGGCAAGCCUGCACAGGGAGCUGGGAGCGGGGUAAGAGCUAUGGCAGCUGGGAGAGGAGGAACCACAACCCGCUCGAGCCCACGCCCUGCCCCGACGCCUACUGCAACCUGGUUAUCCUGGCGGUGGAGAACAGGGAUGCUGCAGAGGAGUACUGUUCUCUGAUCUGUCAGAUGUUCCAGAUCAUUUACGGCCAUCAGACCAUCGAGUGUGUCGACAGGGCGGGCUUUCACCACACCAUGCUGGACCGUUAUUGGCUGCAGAGGAGUGAUAGCUGUCUGACUGACAUGUCCUACAGUUAUGAUCCAGACUUUAGCUGCUGCAGCUCAUAUGAUGGCUCCCAGGAUGCCUUUGAGCUUUACUACAGUGAGACAUACAGCGAGAGUUCAUCUCUCUCGCUGCAGGACUCCCAUCACAGUCUGGCCAGUGACGCAGGAGACAGUAACCCCGCCCUGCUGCUGAUGCAGGAGUACAUGAUCACACUGCGUAACAAGCUGAGUCCGGUGGAGUUGCAGCAUUUUGCAGUGUUGCUGAGAGAAUACAGACUGGGAUCAAACAUCGACCACUUCUGCUCUGAGCUGCUGCAACUAUACGGACACAACCGCAAGUUCCUGCUGCUGGGCAUGCGUCCAUUUAUCCCCGACAAAGAUGUUGGAGUGUUCGAGAGUUUCCUGGAGAGCAUUGGGAUCCGGGAGGGCGGGAUUUUAACCGACAGCUUCGGACGCAUCAAACGCAGCAUGAGCAACACGUCAGCCACGGCCAUGAAAGGGUACGACAACUGCUCUCUGGCCUCAGGAUCUCAGGAGUUCAACCGGCGCAUCACCGACAUUACCCACGACAUCCAGGCGCUCGGCUUCCAGGACACACACGGGGACAUCGAGGAGGAAGACUACUACCUCUGAUGGAGGGAUAAAGACAAAGUUAUAGCUUCAUUGUAUCCAGACAGGCCUGCCAUAGUGCCUCUGAGCAAGACCAGUCUGUCCACAGCUCAUGUUCUCUCCAUUACUAGAAAAAAAACUGCAAAUAUAAACUGCAAAUGUCUCAAGUCGAUGCAGAUCCUGCUGUGUGUACACACAGAACAACAGGUGAGUGUAAUUAAAGUAAAUAGUUACUCUGUAGAGGAACAAAGUUACUUUGAUCAGUUUAACUGAUUAAAAAUGAUGGCAGUUUCUUUUUCAGUGUAUCAUACAUGUACAGCAACAAUAGAACUUUGAUUAAACAAUGCAAAAUAUAAAUGUUUUCAUUUUAAUUCAAAUGUUGCUACAGCAAAUGUAUUUUCUAUGUAUGAACUAUCAAAUGAACCUGAGUGAAAGAGUUUUCUUGUGGCUAUUGUUUAAAAUAGAAAUCACCUUAUAAAACAAACAAAAAAAGGAAAUCCAGACAUUUUCUGAAGGGGCAGUGCAAUUCUGUCAUACAGCAAAAGACAGAAAAUCUAAACCAAUAAAGGGACAGUGUGUGUGUCUCUACAUUUGUAGAUUAAGAUCAAGGCGUCUAAAUAAUUUACAGAAAAGUUUUAUGAUGUUGUCUUCUGAGGGAUUGUUGUACCUACCAGUGACCACAUGGAGGCAGCUGAGAAUAAAUGAGCUGAGUUACAGCCCUGGUACUGA